UUUGUUGAGGUCAGUAUGUUUCUUUGAUCCUUUUUUCUUUGGCCGGUAACAGAACUCCUACUACAAUCUUGGCUAUACCCUGUUCUUGCAUUUCGUGUGGAAUAAAACACAUUUGAUCUUUUUCCCAUAUUAGAUUCUCUGUUAUGUUUUAGCUGAGCUUAGCCUGCAUAUUUUUUCCCCAUAACUUCAGGCUGUUGCUGAUACAUGGAUAGAGACCAGAGAGAUUGUGCAAUUAAGUGCACGAUUUGGGAUUUUGUGGCAAGUGCGUCAGCCGUAAAUGGCCUGGUUUACUUUGCUCUCGGCGACAUCUACAAAAAGUCAUUCGGAAAGUUGGGUAAGGGCGGUCUCGUUAUUUAUCUGUCUGUCGGGUUAAUUGUGUGGAUACUCAUACGGCGAACCCAGAAAAUUGAAGUUCCAAAAGGACUCCGUGCUCUUGUGGUAGCUCUGAUAUUUGGUCUAACAUGUUUAGCCUCCACCAUCCUGGACAUGCUUCAGACUGGAAAAGCAGAUGUAUUUAGCAUUAUCUCGUAUGGUUCAUUUUCCUUGAUGUCCAUAUCCAUGUCAAGGGAGUCUAAGCUUGGAUUUGAAACUGGCUUCUCCUCUUUUUUCCUGUCAUUGUUUGCCUCACAAUUUCCAAAAAUCAACCGGCUGCUCUCACCGAUUGCAAUAGUCCUCUGCUCGGUCAUCUUUUAUCUUUUCCGCUCAACACAAAGAGGAAGACAGCAUGAUUCCACCAAUCAAAAUGGCGAUGCACAUUUAACAGACGUAGAGCAGGGACAAGAUCCCCUAAAGAUGCAAGGAGAUAUAGGGCACAACCCAUUACCUGGGAAAAAUUGGCCAAUAAAUGAAUCCUCAAACGAUCAUAGUUCUCCAGGAGAAGAAGAACAGACCAAGGUGAUGGAAUUUUCAAGCCAUCAUAUUUCUUCAAAAGAAGAAGAAUCGACCAAGCUAGUGGCAUCCUCAGGCGACCAUUCUUCUUCAAAAGAGGAAGAACAGACCAAUGUGGUGGAAUCCUCCUCAAGCCUUCGUAUCAAUGAAACAGAACUCCGACAAAGGCGAAAGAAAAGGCACUCCUCUGAAACACCAUCAACUACAAUGUUCAUACUCAAUAUUUAG